UCAGCGCACCUCCGAAAAAACAUUCCAUUUAUAUCAGCAUACAAAAAUUUCGACCAUGAGACAUCUCGCGAGAUUUCGACACGGUGGAUAUAAUAUGGCAGAUAUGGGGAACCGAUGGGAAGAUUUGCGGAAACAGGCAAGACAGCUUGAAAAUGAAAUAGAUUUGAAGCUUGUUUCCUUUAGCAAACUUGGAACAAGUUAUUCUCAUUCAGAUUAUGGAAGUGAGUCGUCUCCCUUGAUGCAGAGGUCUAGCAGUGAGCAUAUGUUUGAUACCAUGGCAAUGGAGAUUGAGCAGCUUUUGUCUAAGCUUCAGGAAACUAACGACAGAAUGGCAGAUUACACACAGAACAUAGGGACCAACUCACCCAGUGCGGCACUUCUUCACACAUUACAGAGGCACAGAGACAUCCUUCAGGAUUACUCCCACGAAUUCCAGAAAACCAGGACCAACAUCACCGCUCUGAGGGAGCGAGAGGACCUUCUGGGAUCAGUCCAUAGAGAUAUUAAUGCAUACAAGAAUUCCUCUGGCCUUAACAGAAGAACAGAUCUUUAUUUAAAGGAAAAUGAACACAUAAGAAACUCAGACAGGCUGAUUGAUGACCAGAUAAGUGUUGCAAUAGCCACAAAAGAAAAUCUGCAAUCUCAGAAGAAAAUGUUGGGUGGUAUUACACAGAGAAUGAACUCAUUAGCUAAUCGUUUCCCUGUCAUCAACAACUUAAUUCAAAAGAUCAAUCUGCGAAAGAGAAGAGACACCAUCAUCUUGGCGAGUGUGAUAGCAACCUGUACCAUUUUGUUGAUGUUGUAUGCGUUUCACUGACGAGGUCCCUGUGAUAUCAGUGUGUGAGAGUGUGUCCUGUGGAACAAUUGUGUUUGAGUGGGAUAGAGAGAGACCGAUUGGUGUGUAUAGGAGAUGUUGAUGAAGUAUAGUACUGUGAUGAGUUAUCAAUCAUUGACCCUCUUUCAAAUUUUCAUUUUCAUGUGUAUUCAAGCUACUAAUAACUAUACUGUUUGAACUCUGGUAUUGUGUAUUCAAUCCUAUCAAUUCUAGCUGUUAUUUGAGAUUUACUUUAAAACUACAUGUAUUCCGAAAGUGUUUUAAGAAGUGUAUUUACCAGUACAUUCUUCUUUAUAUUGGUAAUAAUUGUUAAAUCUAUUCGGUUUUGGAUUCUUAUUGACGCAUAUCGCAUCCACUCUGUUUAUUAUGUAAUGUAUGUAUUGACAACAUUCCUCAUGUGAAAUUGGUGUUCAUUUCUCAUGGUUACAUUGUAUAAAUGUAUUGCAUUAUAUUGUCGAACAUUUUUAAAGAAAUAACUAUCACAGUUAUAUUUGAAUCAUUUAAAGUGUGACAAAUAUAGUAAUCUCUUUUGUUUCUGUAAAAAAAAAAAUUGUAGCAAUAAAUGGGCCACUGUA